GCCGAGAAUCCUUAAUAUAUAUAUAUACACCCCAUUGCCCACGCACUUGUUGUGGGUAAAUUUUUGGAUGCCCCCCUCUCUCUAACUCACUCUAAAAAUAUAAACUAAAGUUCAUGGUCAACGUGAGACGCCUGUGACAAACGCCUGAAUUGCUGGGGACAAUAUGGCGUUAAUACGUUGCUGCUUUGAGCCGCCAGAAUUACCCGAAUUUUUUGACAGUUUUGUCCAGAAAUGCACGGAUUCCAGCUGCUGCUGUGGCUGUUGUUCGGCCCUGAGGCCACGCUAUAAACGUCUGGUGGACAACAUAUUUCCCGUCAAUCCCGAAGAUGGUCUGGUCAAAUCAAAUAUGGAAAAGUUGACCUUCUAUUCGCUGAGCUCACCGGAUAAAUUGGAUCGCAUUGGUGAAUAUUUGUAUCAAAAGGCCACCAAGGAUAUCAAUCGCAAGCGUUACAAGCUAGCUGAGAUAGCCAUGGAGGCCAUGGAUUUGCUACUCCAAGCUUGUCAUGCCCAGACUACUCUGAAUUUGUUUGUGGAAUCAUUUUUGCGUAUGGUGCAAAAACUACUCGAGGAUAAUAAUCCGAAUUUAAAGAUAAUGGCCACCAAUUCGUUUGUGAAAUUUGCCAAUAUCAAUGAGGAUACUCCAUCGUACCAUCGUCGGUAUGAUUUCUUUAUCUCGAAAUUCUCAUCGAUGUGUCACAGUAGCGAGAGUCAGGAUCUAAGGGAUAGCCUACGUUUGGCUGGCAUUAAGGGUCUUCAGGGAGUUAUACGUAAAACUGUGUCCGAUGAUUUGGUUGAAAACAUUUGGGAGGCUCAACAUAUGGAGAAAAUAGUGCCCUCUCUACUCUUCAAUAUGCAGUUUUGUGUAAACGUUAUGUUUGUGAAGAAAAAUUUACUGGCGUCUGGUGAUAUGACACCCGUCGAAGAUGCCACCAAUGUAACGCCGCCGGUUCUGGCCGAGGAAGUGCUUCGUGAAUUAGUGGGACGCGCCUCAUUUGGACACAUACGGAGUGUCCUCAAGCCGCUGUUGACUCACUUGGAUCGUCAUGAGUUGUGGGUUCCAAAUACUUUUGCAAUCCAUACAUUCCGCAUUGUGAUGAUAUCCAUACAACCGCAAUACUCUUACACUGUGGUGGAGACUCUGAUGCAACAUUUGGAUAGCAAUUUCAAAUCCUCACCAAAGACACGAACCUCGCUGGCGGUGGUUCUGUCCAAGAUUAUAGCCAUAGCAGCUGGUGAAAGUGUUGGACCCUCCGCAUUAGAUAUUAUUAAUAAUCUAUUGACCCAUUUACGUACAAGUGUGAGUACGACAACGGAAAUUACCACAGAAGAGUCCCAAUAUCAGGAGGCUUUAAUCAAUGCACUGGGAGAAUUUGCUAAUCAUCAUCCAGAUUAUCAGAAGAUCGAGAUAAUGUUGUUCAUAAUGAACACAGUGCCGGAUCUAUCGAAGAAGAGUAAAAGUGAUCAAAUGUUGCAGAAUAUAUUAUUGAAAUCGCUACUUAAAGUGGGCACACAAUAUAGCACAGUGUCCUUUGAGAAAGCUUUUCCGGCAUCGUUUUUGCAACCCUUACUGAAGAUGGCCCGUGCUCCACAUGAUCCAACGCGGAUGAUUGUGAUGCAGAUAUUCCAGGCUCUACUCGAUCGCCAUCAGAACGAACAAGUCCUGAGCAAUGUGAGUGUGAAACCGUAUCCAGCAUUAUCCCAGGAGCCACCAUCACGUUCGGAUAUUAUAUUUACGCACAAAUAUGGAGCGAAUAUUAUGCAGGCUUUAAUUGAUAGCAUGGCUCUGUCGGAUCGGGUAGAUCCUCUAUCGUCCAGCUAUAAUACAGCCGCCCUGCUCAUUGUGGAGAUGUCGUGCAGUGAGACGGUGCAAGAGUUUCUACUAUUCAUAUUGGGAAUUCAACAAGUGGCUAGCACUGUGGAGACUUUGGGUGCCGUGCAUAAAUGUAAUUUGCAUGCCAUAGCCAUUUCUCUGCUGGUGCUCAUCUCACGCGUUACUGGUAUCAACAAUCUACUCGAAUAUGCACAAAAAAUUAUUGACGCACGGCGGGAAGAGGCCGCCUACUAUUUGCCUCCGUUGUUGGAGCCCAAAAAAAUGUCUUCAAAGAAUCUAAAUCUAUCACUUCCACAUUUAUCCAUUGAUAAACUGGCAUUGGGUGAAUGUCUACAGAAUGCCGGAAUGGAUGCACAACGUUUGAACACGGGAGCACCGUAUACGCUACAUCAAACCGAUCAUCCAGGUCAUCGGCAUUCGUGGGUGGAGUCAGUAAGCAAUAUGACACAGCGUAAUAGUUCGGCAGAUCUGACCGUUUAUAAUGGGGAUGUGGAUAGUGUCAAUAGUUCGCCGGGUGUAACCAAAAAGAUUCUAGCACCAGAGUUCAAUUUUGAUGCCAUGAAACGGGCCCUGGCCGAGCCCACAGAGACGGCCAAGAAGGAGCAACGUGAACGGCAAAUGCAAAUUGUUCAAACAUUCCGUGAGGGCGAAUUCGAUGAUCUAAUGCGGCGAACAGAACCAAAGCAUGAGCUAAUACAAAAUCGUCUUAAUGAAUUGUUCAACUCUUUGGCCGUUGAGCGUCAAAUUACUCAGAGUGAUAACAAGACAGCCCAAUCCCAGGCUAGCCAUGAGAAGCCAGUCUAUGAAACAAAUUUUCCCGAGCUGUUCUAUUACUAGAAGCGAAUUUUUCUGUUUAGUUUAAUUUAUACAUAUUUGAAAUUCCUGUUAAACCUAACAAUACAAUUGUUAGAUCAAUUUAUCCAUGUACUUUAAAUCAAAUUAUUUGUUAUUCAAAGAAAAGAAACAUACGAAAAA